GAUCAUCUUUAGGCUGGAGCGGGCGAGCCGGGGCUAUUUCUGUAGCUACUUCCUGCACUUUCGGUCGUGUUCUAUUUGACUUGGUGUUUUUUUUUUACCCGUCUAUCCCUGUGUGUACAGUCUGGCUCGAUGUUCAGUAAUCCGCGCCGUCCAUGAUUUUCCCACAGCCCUCACUAAUGCCCCAAAGCCGCAGCUGCCGCACGCCGCCAGUCGCUGCACCGAUCAAUAAUUCACCAGCUCGACGCUUCAACGACCCGCCGCCCCGGGUCGACUGAGGCGACGACCGAUAUUUACUCACGCGGAGAGGACGUUCAUUCUCCCGCGCUUUAAAUGCAGCGUCAGUAAGCUUUAGCCAACGGGCGAGAUCCCUUCGGUGCGUCUGCGGAUUAGACCGUCGCAAUGCGCGCUGCGCGUAUCGGUGACUGCGACGGCAUUUGAGGACGCCUCUCGCGUUCAUCCUGUCCGGGAGCAGCGGGGGUCCCGUUAUGGUGCGGGAGACAGGAACCGACUUCAGGACAUAAAGACGAAGAAAAGCACUCACGGUCGCGCAGAACGUCUUCGCGCGAGCGCUUCUGCGUACACCGGCGCUCGCGGAGAAUUAAUUUCGUGAAUUCCCCGGUCGGUGCCUCCGUCGCGACAGCAGGAGAAAUAUAUUUUAAACGGAACGGUUCACUGCAUAGGAGCUGUGCCCCGGGGACCGCGGUAAUCCAAGUGCGGGGGGAAAAGCUUUACUUUUACGGACGGGACAAACUCUGGGAAACAGCCCGACUUGUUGAGUGCUUUUUCGCUUCCGGUAUCACCGAAGAAACCGACUCUGGUGCGCCCGCUCCCUCUCCUCUCUCUUUUUUUUUUUGGACGCGGAAGGUUUUAAAGAAAAAUGGGUCUUUGAGGAGAGCUGGCAGAUUCCCCUCAACUACAAUGGCCACAGAAUCGUAUCUGGUGCAUGAAGGUCCUCAUCGAGCCCCGGGCAUCUCAGAGUGCUUCCUAGUGCCUGAAUCCUACAGGGAUGAAUUCCAUCCCUUCAUCGAGGCUCUCCUCCCGCACGUGCGGGCGUUCUCCUACACCUGGUUCAACCUGCAGGCCCGCAAGCGCAAGUACUUCAAAAAGCACGAGAAGCGCAUGUCCAAGGACGAGGAGCGCGCCGUCAAAGACGAACUCCUGGGCGAGAAGCCCGAGAUCAAGCAGAAGUGGGCGUCGCGGCUGCUGGCCAAAUUGCGCAAGGACAUCCGGCCGGAGUUCCGUGAAGACUUCGUGCUCACCAUCACGGGGAAGAAGCCGCCGUGCUGCGUGCUGUCCAACCCCGACCAGAAGGGCAAGAUCCGCCGCAUCGACUGUCUGAGGCAAGCCGACAAGGUCUGGCGCCUGGACCUGGUGAUGGUGAUCCUGUUCAAGGGGAGCCCGCUGGAGAGCACAGACGGAGAGAGAUUGGUCAAGUCCCCGCAGUGCUCCAACCACAGCCUGUGCGUGCAGCCGCACCACAUCGGAGUGUCCGUCAAGGAGCUGGACCUGUACCUGGCCUACUUCGUCCACAUGCCAGAAUCUGGGCAAUCAGACAAUUCCAAUCAACAAGGAGAGUCGGACAUCAAACCUCCUCCAAACGGACAUCUGAGUUUUCAGGACUGCUUUGUGACUUCAGGGGUGUGGAACGUAGCCGAACUGGUGCGAGUGUCUCAGACCCCCGUUGCAACAGCAUCAGGUCCUAAUUUCUCUCUUGCGGAUCUGGAAAGUCCCGGUUACUACAAUAUCAACCAAGUAGCACUCGGCAGACGUUCACUUGCCUCUCCUCCAUCCACAAGGUCUGAGGUGGAGCUGUACGCCAGUCUUCCUCGGAGCUCUAAUAAGCGUAAGUCUAUAGAUGACAGUGAGAUGGAGAGUCCUGUCGAUGAUGUCUUCUACAGUCGUUCUCCGGCCGGCACCAGCUCUCAGUCCAGCGGCUGGCCGAAUGAUGUUGAUGCAGUUGCAGUGCAGCACCAUUUGACGAGUGUUCAAGAGCGGAAGAUAAAACAUGAGAAUGAUGGUGUGCAGUUUCCUUACCAUGGGCUGUCCUCUCCUGGGUCUCUAAAGAAGCCAGCGGGGAAAUUCGAUUUCAGCGCCCUGUCAGCACAGACGAGGUCCCCCCGAAUGGCCUUCACACACCACCCGCUGCCCAUGCUGGCAGGCGUGAGACCAGGGAGUCCGCGUGCCUCAGCCUCUGCCCUUCAUUUUCCUGCUCCCUCCAUCAUCCAGCAGUCCAGUCCAUACUUCACCCACCCCACCAUCCGCUAUCACCACCAUCAGGACCCUCUCAAAGAGUUCGUCCAGUUCGUCUGUGCUGUCGGCUCGGGGCAGCCGGGGGCACAGCCUAACGGGAGCGGUCAGAACAAACUGCCCGGCUCCUUCUUACUGCCACCUCCUCCUCCUCCGGUAGCGCGGCCGGUGCCGAUGCCCCUCCCCCUGCCCGAGCACAAACCCAGCCACACACACCCCGAGAGCGGAGUCGGCUCCCCGGCCUCGCCCUCAGCAUACCCAGCGCCAGGCUCCACAGCUUCCAACAGGUUUGUCGGCAUCGGAUCACGGGACAACAACUUUCUGAACAUCCCACAGCAGACUCAGUCAUGGUUCCUUUGUCGAGACUUUUCAUGAACCACACAGACACAAAUCCACAAUGAAAACUGGAAACGGAGUCACAAAGCUAAGUAUGGACCUUUCCCACACGCCCCCCUGUAAAGUCUCUCUCACACACAAACACGCGCACAAAUACACACACAAUUCCCCAAACCGCUGACACCCUUUUCGGGAUGAGGGAUCUGGAAGACUUCAGCAUUACCCUGCCAGUCUGGACCGCUCGGAGAACCAAACAAUGGAACGUCUUCAUCAUGUUCCCGAGACAUCCAGCGCAUUGACCAAUCCCAGCUACCUUCCUUUAAUUUGUUCAUCCGCCAGUCAUAUGCCAUGGUGAGGAAAUCCAUCUCUUCCUAGUCAGAACUCUAUUCAGAAAUCGAAAAGGGACAUUUGA